UCCCCUCCCAACCCACAACAAGCAGACACGAUGAAGUGCACUUGAAAAGCGUAAGAGAAUGAAAGUCAUCGAAUGAAUUGCGUUCCGGACAAUCCCAUUAAAGUCAAAAUUAAAAUGACAAAAUGGACAUAUGUGUUUUUCAAAGGACAGCGACGAUACAAACAAAACAGUAUGUCAUGGAAAAUAAUGAAAUUGUAACCAUCUUCAGACUUAACCUUUGACAGUGGCGUGUUCACAAAAAGACAAAUGAGAAUUGCGGUCUUGCGUAACAAAGAUGUAGAAUUGCACUCUUCUGCUGUGAAUGAUCUUUGGUAUUUCUGCGGCAGACUUUGAACCUGGGAGAUUCAGAACAGGACCACUGUGAUUAGAUUUAGAUUCAAUCAAAGCGGCAACAGCAGGAGCCGCGGCAGCCACAUUAUUAGUCUUCCCCAGCCUCAGCAUGAGAGGCAAACGGAAUAUAUGAGGUAACCCACAAGGGAACAUGCUGUUGAGAAGCUUGCAUCACCAAUAUUGGCAGGGCUGAAGCAGUCUAACGUAUAUUAAUUGGUGUGAGACGAGAGCAGAAUAAGCGAAAUAGACGAUGAUCUUGCUACCUUUGCCAUUGCUGGCUAAGAAAAUAACACAAAUCAAAGUUUCAUCUGGCAGCACAUCUCAUAUAGCUUCACUUUUGAGUUCCAAACAUUAACAUCAGUAUUAGUUCAAUUUAAAAGUUAAAAUAGCUUACCUUAAAUAUGACCUGAAAUAUGUACAUAGUUCCAACAACUGGAAGAUGCAUUCAAACAAAAUCUGACAAAUGAACUUCCUCACGAGUCAGACUGUUUAUCCAGAUAGCAAAUCUGUCAUACAUAACCCAAUUUGCCUGAAGUGCAUCUGUCAUUGUCCCAUUCUUGGCAUGUAAUGUGACCAACUCACCCCACGAUGAUGGAGACAUCUUGCCCCAAACUACAAUGUUUGCUAAUACCAGCUCAAAUUUAAAUUUAGUUUCAAAAAGAACAAUGACUGAUGUCUGAAAAGAUGGCAAGAUCUAACGAUGCAUUCAGAUUUGGGGCGGAAGUGGAUCUGUAGUAGCAGCACGUUGGCUGACUGGUUACCACGCCUGCCUCACAUUUCUAAAGUUCAAAUGGUUUCGACCUACCUGCAUGAUAAUUGUGUGUGCUUCCCACUCCUGCACGUGUUUUCUAAAAGUUCUCUGGCUCCCAUAUACAAAAAAAAAAAAAAAAAAGCUUUGUUCAUUGAAGACUCUGAAUCGUCAUUGGAUGCUAACGGUUGUGUGUCUAUACAAACCCUGCACUUGACCAGUGACCAGUCCGGAGUGUACCCUGCCUGUUGCCCAAAGUCACUUGGGAUAGGCGACAACUUAUCUGCAACCCUAAUGAACAGCAUAUCGAAAAUGGAUGGAUAUGUAGUCGACCACUAGCUUGAGAACGUACAGUGUCUAUACAAAUACAACAAAUGACGGUAAAUAAAUGCUCUGCUAUCACUAGACACACAUCUGAGGAAUUAAUUAAUAACAACUAACUUCUCUUGGCUUGUCUCAGUCAUCAAACCUGGUCUGAUAAUGGUCUUGGUUGAAUUCACGUGGCAGGAAAAUGAUUGCCAAGCCUCUGAUUGCUGGUCUGGUGGUCUUUUUGGUGGUUGUUGCUGGCCUGUUCCUCUUCAUAUGCAUGGGGAAGAAAAACGUGACACCCGCUUCAGGCCACUUCUUCUUCAAGGCUGCUGUCGCUGCUGAUGCUGGGAAGUGUUCAGAAGUGGGAAGGGACAUUUUGAAGAAAAACGGUUCAGCGGUUGAUGCCUCUAUUGGUGCCUUGCUGUGUGUUGGCCUUUUAAAUGCACACAGCAUGGGCAUUGGAGGAGGGGUCUUUUUUGUCAUCUACAAUGCCUCUUCGGGGGGAGUAGAAACCAUUGAUGCAAGGGAGACAGCACCCAAGAACGCCACUCAGGACAUGUUCGGGAACAACUCACAACUUUCUCGUACAGGUGGACUGUCCAUAGCCAUCCCCGGCGAGAUUCGCGGCUAUGAGAUGGCACACAAGAGACAUGGCAGGCUGCCAUGGAGAGAGCUGUUUGAGCCAAGCAUUGCCCUGGCCCGUGAAGGCUUUCCAAUUGGGAAAGCCUUGGCUCACGCCAUCUUAAAAAGCAAGGACUUCAUUCAAGGAAACGCUAACCUUUGUGAAGUGUUUUGUGAUUCACAAAAAAACAUUCUCAGGGAAAAUGACAUUGUAAGAUUCCCAAAGCUGGCAGACACAUACCAGAGAAUAGCAGAAGAGGGUCCUAACGUGUUCUAUAAUGGCUCAAUGGCACAGAGACUCGUGGAUGACAUCCAGGCAUCAGGUGGGAUUAUCACCUUGGAUGAUUUAUUGGAGUACCACCCAGUACUGAAUGAAAAUCCUCUGAAGACGAGUAUUGGGGAAUACACCAUGUAUGUCCCAGACGCCCCCUCCAGUGGCCCAGUGUUGGCACUCAUUCUCAACAUAGUGAACGGGUACAACUUCACAAAUGCAAGUGUUUCCACAGCUGAGAUGAAGACCCUAACGUAUCAUCGCAUCAUAGAGGCUUUCCGUUUUGCCUACGCCAAGAGGAGCAGACUCGGGGACCCGCGUUUUCUCAAUAUCACCGAUCUCAUCCGAAACAUGACAUCAACAUUUUUUGCUGAAGGCAUCAGGAAGAAAAUUACAGAUGAUACCACUCAUCCAGACAUUUACUACGAGCCGGAUUAUUUUGUCCCAGACAGCCACGGAACAGCUCAUCUGUCGGUGAUAGCUGAAGAUGGAAGCGCCGUGGCAGCCACCAGCACUAUUAAUCUAUACUUUGGGUCCAAAGUCAUGUCUCGAUCAACUGGAAUCAUCUUCAAUGAUGAAAUGGAUGACUUCAGCUCUCCAUACAUAACCAACGGCUUUGGAAUCCCUCCCUCGCCUAACAACUUCAUCCAACCAGGAAAGAGGCCUCUGUCUUCCAUGUCUCCCACAAUAAUCUUUGAUAAAGACAAAAGAGUCAAAAUGGUUGUUGGAGCAUCUGGAGGCACAAAAAUUACCACAGCUACUGCUUUGGUCAUCUUGAACUCUUUGUUCUUUAAGUACAACCUAAGGAAAGCGGUGACCGAACCACGAGUGCACAAUCAGCUCAAUCCAAAUAUGACGGUAGUGGAGCAAGAUUUUGAAAAGAGAAUCCUAGAAGGCCUAAUCUGGAAGAACCAUGUCACAGAGCUGCAGAGCGAUCCAGAUUCUGUGGUUCAGGUGGUGAUGCGACAGGGAGAGCAUCUAUGUGCAGAAUCGGAUCCCAGGAAAGGAGGAUACCCUGCCGGAUACUAAAUGUGGUUCCAGACUCCCUGAAAAUUACACAAGGGAUAAUUUGGUUUUCAUACACACCUCUGUGAGACAAACACUAAAUAUCCAACAUUGCUAC